ACACAAACAAACAGAGGAAGAGAGGAAGAUGAAGAAAUCGCCAGGAAGAAGGUUAGAGUGGAGAAAGUUACUGUAGUCGAUAAAGUCUACAAAUUCAACCCCGACUGGUUGAAGGAUUUCGGUUGGCUACUUUAUGAUGCCGAGAACAUGAAAAUGUUCUGUAAAUUUUGUAAGGAAGCCCCAUCGGCAAUGGCAGGCUCUUCUCUGUUUAGAACCGGGAACCCUAAUCUAAAACGGGAUGCUGUGGUAAAACACAGCGAGUCCGUUCGGCAUUCUCGAUGUCGCGAUGUAUAUAUAAAUCGCACCCAGCCCAAUAACCCAGGCACGGUGGAAGCCGCCGUUGGCAGACAAUUGGCUAUCUCUAAUCAGGACGCGCUCCGGCAGCUGAAGGUUAAAUUUAACAUAGCGUAUGUGAUCGCAAAGGAAGAGAUAGCCUUCACUAAAUUUGGACCGAUGAUUGCCCUUCACCAUAAAAAUGGAUUAAACAUCAAUCCCACAUAUGACAAUGAUGUGAGAUGUGCUGAGAUGGUCGGUCAAAUAGCGGAAGGCAUCAAAGACACUCUCGCUGCCCAGCUACAAGCGGCCCGUUACCUCGCAGUCCUGAUAGAUGGCGAUACGGACAUAUCAAACACGGAGUGUGAGAUUGUGUAUGUGCGCUUCGUGGAGGAUGGCAGACCGGUGACCCGCCUCGUCGGCCAACAGGCUCUCUUACACGCUCAUGCGCAAGGUGUCCUGGCUGGAACCAAUGCAGCAUUUGAUGCUCUUGGACGUGGUACAUGCGACUGGAAGGCCAAGUGUGUCGCAUUUGGUGCAGAUGGUGCUAAAGUCAACAUGGGUGUGCAUAGGGGAGUGAGUGCUCUACUCAAACAGGCAGCCGGACAGCAUGUAAUUCCCAUUCAUUGCAUGCCUCACAGGUUGGAGUUGGCCAUUCUCAACCUGCAGCGCAAUGAGACAAUGGUGGCCAAAGUCUAUGACCUUCUCCAUCUUGUGUGGAAGACGUACCACCAGAGCCCUAAAUCCAGGCGUGAGCUGAACCUGAUUGGAAAAGAGCUAGGUGUGAGGGUCUGCUCUCCUUCGAGCGUGAAAGGGACGAGGUGGAUUCCCCAUGUACACCGGGCACUGAGUGUGUUCCUUCGUGCAGCAAAAGAAGGGAGUCUGUCAACUGACAGUGGUCAGUAUUCGGCUGUUUUGCGCCACAUGGACCACCUUGCCUCCUCAGCAGCCAGUGCUGAAAUUCAAGGGCGUGCAAAGAAGGGUGUACCACUCUCGGGAGAUGUCACAGGAAUGCAGCAGAGGCUACAGAGAAACAUCACCUCUGUCAUCACCACCACUGUGGAAGCCAUUAACACCAGAUUCGGCAGUCUCAUUAAUGAGGACUCCGAAGACUACUCUGCAGUGAAUUGCAUGAAAAUCUUUCAUCACGACACCUGGCCUGAGAAUACCAAUGAACUGGUUGAUUAUGGAAACGAUCAGUUGGAGGCCCUAAUGGAGCAUUUUCGUCAUGUCCUUACAAGCUCUGGAUGCCAGAUGGAUGCUUUGCCAGGGGAAUGGCAGAGUUUGAAGACCCUUGUCAGCUACACGUUUAAGGACAAGUCCUACAGCAGCUUAUGGCAAACAGUUUCAACCAAAGAGCCAUACAGAACUGACUACAAGAACAUCCUACACCUUGUGGACAUACUGUUGGUCCUCCCAAUUUCUUCUGCACAGUGUGAGCGGGGCUUCUCUGCGCAGAAACGCCUCAAAAGCUCUUUGAGGAGCUGCUUGCAUGUCUCCACCACAGAGGAUCUUAUCAGGAUCACUACAGAGGGCCCCUCACUUGAAUUAUUUGAUCCCACUAAAUGUGCCGAAAACUGGCUGUCAGCUGGAAAAAGGUCACGUCGACCCAACUACAAGUCAUGGCCAAGUGAUUCCGAGUCCGACAUGAUUUUUGUGUAGCCUAAAUGUGAUCUUUUCUAUUUAUCUUUUUAGUAAAUUGGUGCUGUUUUGUGUAGCCUAAAUGUAAUCUUGUCUAUUUGUAUUAAUUUAGUUUUAGUAAGUUGGUGCUGUUGGUGCGGUUGGUGUGUGC